AUGCUGCACAAGAGCCUCGCCGCGGUGGUGCUGGGCGCCGCCGCCGUUAUCACCGCCCAGAACGCCGGGCCCGGCAGCAGCAGUGGCAGCAGCAGCAUGCUGUACGUGUCGUCCUAUAGCGGCAAGAUAACGGCGCUCGCGCUCGACAAGGGGGCUGCCAAGGCCGGCGGCGGCGGCGGCGGCGGCGGUGCGUCGUUCCUGGCGCUGGACGCCAAGCGCAACAUCCUCUUCAGCUGCGACGAGGGGUUCCAGUCGGCCGAGGGCAACGGCACGCUGUUUGCGCUCCAGGUCGAGCAGAACGGGUCGCUGCGGGAGCUGGGCAAGCAGAAGACGCAGGCGGGGCCUGUAUUUAUGGGAUUCUUCGGGGCCAACAACGAUACCAUGGCCAUUCCCCAUUUCGGCGGCAAGGCGGUAUCGGUAUGGAACGUCGCCGACCCGUCCAAAAUGGCCGAGGUGCAGCGCGAAAACUUUGAGCUGGAAAAGCCUGGCCCCAAGCCGGCGCAGACCGAAGCCAAGCCGCACCAGGCGGCCGUCGACCCGACGCGCAAGUUCGUCGUGGCGCCGGACCUGGGUGCCGACAUGCUGCGGCUGUUUGCCAUUGCGCCGAGCGCCGGCGACAACAACAGCAAUGGCCAAACUGGCGCUGCCCCCCAGGCCCAAGGCGGCGGCGGCAACCAGCUGCUCAAGCCGCUGCAGCCGGUACCUGUCAAGCCCGGCAGCGGGCCGAGGCACGCCGCGUUUGCCGUCGCGGGGCCCAAGACGUACAUGUACGUGGUGACGGAGCUGUCGAGCGAGAUCAUGGGCUUCGACGUGGCCUACUCGGGCGCCGGCGGCAUGGAGCUCAAGCCGCUCUUCACCAUGAAGGUGCACGGCAAGAACGAGAGCAACACGCCCGAGUUCGCAGCGGCGUCCGAGAUUGCCGUUUCGCCCGACAAUCAGUUCCUCCUCGUCGCCUCCCGCAACGAAAGCACCCUCCGCGUCCCCAACUUCGACGGCGCCGCCGCCAACAGCAACGCAGCCGACGUCGUGUCCGACUCGCUCAGCAACUACCGCAUCGACCCGGCGACGGGCUCCCUCGGCGAGGUGCAGAUCCGGGUGCCCAGCGGCGGCCGCUUCCCGCGCCAAUUCUCCAUGAGCGGCGACGGUGCCCUCGUCGCCGUCGCCAACCAGCUCGACGGCCGCGUCGUCGUCAUGGAGCGCAAUCCGCAGACGGGCAUGCUCGGCGGCUUUGUCGGCCAGGCGCUGCUCGACGGCAACGUGACGUCGGUCGUCUUUCGGGAGUGA